UCGCUCCCACCCAGCUGAUGAAGCUUCCAGAGUGAUACCACAGGUACUAGUAGCCUGCAGGCGUAGCUCCUACAAAUAGAGGUAACGGCCACACGCUGACAGAGCGCUCCAGAACCAAAGCUCCAAAGGCUUCCAAUCAUUUCUUCCUUCCGGUUUGUCCCUGGUCCCUGUUCGCCAGCACAGACAACGCCGAGAUGUACUUGGUGAAGGACAUUAGCGGUGCCAUCGGCCUGAUGGCGGUGGCGCUGGUGCUCCUGGGCACCUGGCCGGUUGUCCUGGCCGUGCUGGAGCGCCGGGGCCGGUUGCCGCAGCACACCUUCCUGGACUUCUCCAUCACCAACUUCCUCGCCGCUGUGCUCAUCGCCCUCACCUUCGGACAGAUCGGCCCCGACACGCCGGAGACGCCCAACUUCCUCACCCAGCUCUCUCAGAAUAACUGGCCUUCAGUCUUGUUUGCAAUGGCGGGCGGUGUCACGCUUAGCCUCGGGACAUUAGCGACACAGUAUGGCUGGGCGUUCGUCGGGCUUUCGGUCACCGAGGUCAUGGCAUCAAGCCUCAAGGUUGUCAUAGGGACAACGCUCAACUAUUUUCUCGACGGCCGGAUUAACAAGGCGGAGGUCCUGUUCCCCGGUGUCGGGUGCUUUCUGGUUGCGGCCAUCCUUGGGUCACUUGUCCAUUCUUCCAAUGCCAUCGACAACCAGGAGAAGCUGGCUAACUCCGGAGUAGUCAAUUACAGCAAAAACACUAGGAACUCUGCAUACGAGGAUCUGGCCGAACACCUCCUUGAGAAAGAGGGACAAAAGGAUCUUGAAGAAGCAAAGCUGGAUGCGCCAGAAGCAAAACUGGAGAAAGUACAGGCCGGAACUGCAGAGUUCCUGGUUCAUCUGGAGGAGAAGAGGUCAAUUAAAGUGCUGGGCUCCAACACGCUGCUGGGCCUCGGCAUCGUCGUCUUCGCCGGCGUCUUCUACGCCCUCUUCACGCCGGCGUUCAACAUCGCCACCAACGACCAGUGGCACGCCCUCCCCGCCGGCGUGCCGCACCUGGUGGUUUACACGGCCUACUUCUACUUCUCCCUGGCCUGCUUCGCCGUCAGCGUCGGCCUCAACGUGUGGUUACUCUACCACCCCAUGGUCGGCGUGCCGAGGUCCACCGUGGCGGCGUACCUCCGCGACGGCGAGGGCAGGGGCCUCGCGCUGCUGGCGGGGAUGGUGUGCGGGCUCGGGAACGCGUUCACGUUCAUGGCCGGGCAGGCGGCGGGGUACGCGGCGGCGGACUCCGUGCAGGCGCUGCCGCUGGUCAGCACGUUCUGGGGCGUGGUGCUGUUCGGUGAGUACCGGCGGUCGUCGCGGCGGACGUACACGCUGCUGGCGAGCAUGCUGCUCAUGUUCGCCGUCGCCAUGGUCGUGCUCAUGGCCUCCUCCAACCACCGGAAGCCGCUCUGACCGCUGCAACCGGCCCAAUGACAGUGAUUCAGAUGCUCUGUUCAAGCUAAGAUGGAUAAAUCACAAAUGCUCUGUUCUGAAAGCAAACAUGAUCAGGGAACUGGGGACGGAUGUGUGAUGAGGAGAAUGGGGAUUGGGACCGAGCCUGGUGGUGGGGCCCACUUUGUCUGGUCAGUUCACCAAGCAGAGCAGCUGACGUGGAGCUGAAAUGCUAGGUCCACCAUCACGUAAAUGAACUAUCAUAGUUGCUGAUUACAUUAGGAUCAUCUUUGUUUUUCUUUUUGCCAGAUGUCUUAUCUUAGUGCGGUCUGGUGCUAGGGUAAACCAUGUCGGAGGGUAAGGUUAUUUCCAUUGUGAUAUUUUUUUUAAUGUUUUGUAUGAACUAGAGGUAACAAAUAUUCCAAUAACUACGUACAGCUUAUGUUGUCUUUUGCAA